AUGGCGGAGAGCAGUGACGUACGCAUCCUUUCCAAGUCCACAAUCCGACCAUCCCCACGCCCCUGUGAGGAAGACGGCGGUCGCCUGAUCCAUCUCACUCCCUGGGAUCUCACGUUGCUCUCCAUCGACUACAUGCAAAAGGGAAUCCUCUUCCGCCGUCCGCCAACGCAGGACUCCGACGCGACGACCUUCACCAUUUCUCGACUCCGCGAUUCCUUCACGGCCACCCUCGACCGAUUUUUUCCCUUGGCCGGCCGCCUCGCCGUCGACAACCUCGACACUUCCCCUCCUUCUCUUUCCAUCUCCCUCAAGUGCAACGACGAAGGAGCCGACUUCAUCCACGCGUCGGCCCCAAGUGCGACCGUCUCCAGCAUACUCCACUCGCUCUAUGUGCCCCCCGUCGUGCGCUCCUUCUUCCCCCUUAACGGCGCUAUCAACUACGACGGCCGCUGCCUUCCGCUGCUCGCCGCCCAAGUCACCGAGCUCGCCGACGGGAUCUUCAUCGGUUGCACCCUCAACCAUGUCGUGGCCGACGGCACCGUCUUCUGGAACUUCUUCAACUCCUGGUCUCAGAUCUGCAGAAGCGGCGGCGGUUGUCCCGAGGUCAGCACUCCCCCGGCCUUCGACCGCUGGUUCCUCGACUCCUGCAAUCCACCGAUCCGUCUCCCGUUCGGCGGCGAGAGCGAUUUCAUCAAUAGGCCUGUCUACCCUCCCGUGGAGGAGUGCGUCUUCCACUUCUCAGCGGCGGCGGUGGCCAAGCUCAAGGCUAGGGUGAACGCUGAGAUGGGGACCGGCGGCCAAAUCUCCUCCCUCCAGUCUCUGCUCUCGCUCAUCUGGGUGUCCGUGACUCGGGCGCGUCGCCUCGAUCCUAACAAGGAGACGUCGUACAUGAUUUCCAUCGGAUGCAGGGCAAGGUUGACUCCCCCACUGCCGGAAAGUUACCUUGGCAACGCGGUUCACAUAGGCGCGACGCAGAAUGUGACAGCGGGGGAAUUGCUGCAGCGCGGUCUUGGCUGGGCGGCGCGGCAACUCAACCAAACGGUUGCUUUGUUCAAGGAAUCUUUGGUGCGAAGUUGCUUGGCGGAAUGGGUGGAAAAGCCAUCGUUCAGUUACGCAUCCACGUUCAAGUCGGAGGACAUGUUGACGGGUGGUUCUACGAGGUUCGAUGUGUACGGAAAUGACUUCGGGUGGGGGAGGCCGGUGGGCGUGAGGAGUGGAGCAGGAAACAAGGGGGACGGGAAGGUGACUGUGUAUCCGGGGCCUGAGAAAGGGAGCAUCGCGGUGGAGUUGUGCUUUUCGCCCCAGACGCUUAGUGCAUUGGUCAAGGACGAGGAGCUGAUGCGCAUGGUCUCCUGCAUUUAGCAAGUCUGAAAGUUACUCCUGCAAUUGGCAAGGAGGAAGGUUUCCUUGAAGUUAAUUAAUAAGAAUGGAGAGCGUGUGAUCUCAUGCCAGAUUGAUAC